UAAACGCGUUGGUAGAAAUUUACUGAAUUGACAAAAAUAUUCCCCCCCACCUUUAGAUUUUCUACUAGCAAAUGUGUGUGUAUAAAUAAAUAUGUAUAUUUAAAUUGGAGAAAUGGGUUUAUAACGCAAUUGUCAGACAAUCUUGAUUACAAACCAGCAGCAGAAAAUUUGAAUUAGGUCAUCGAUGGAAUAUAAAGCUUAUGCCAUUAACUGCUGUGAAUGAUGGGAAAGCACUAUAUUUGAAAAAUGUCCAGCGAGGAGGAUAUAUACGAGAUUGGAGCUGUGCUCAAAGACAGGAAGAAAAGAGGGCAAAUAGAAUACCUUAUUCGAUGGAAAAAUUUUGGUGCAGAAGAAGACUCAUGGGAACCAGCAUCAAAUCUUACAAGUGCAACACCACUUCUGGAAGAGUACAAGAGAAAUAAAUCUACUAGAAGACGUCGCUCAAAAUCACGUUCCCGUUCUCGAUCUCGCACCCGAACAAAGCUUCCUGUAAAGAAAGACAUAGGCACCCCAGAGAAACCGUCUCGAGAAAGCACACCAAUAAUAGCUCCACCUGAAGAAAAAACUGUAACUCCAGCUGAAGAUUUGGAAACCGUACCACCAAGUGAAGAUGUUACAAAAGAAAUUACAGAAGACAGUACAACUCAACUGGAAGAGGUCGUUGACAGCCCAUCAGUUGUCACAGAGCUUUCUAAUGAAGGCGUUGAACAGACUCCUGUUACUUCCUUUACAUCAACCAGGAUAACUACAGAAAAAACAGAAGUAUACACACCGAUAUCAGAAAGUGUAACCACAGUAUUAACUCGAAGGAUCAAAAUGAGAGCAGCAGCAAAGGCUGCUGAAAUAGAGGAAGAAGAGAAAACCAAUGUAAAUGAUGAGGAACAGGAAGAGAAAGCUGUUGAUUCAGUUGAUUCUGUGGAACCUGUUGAGAAAAAGGAAGAAAGCAUUGCUUCUGAGACAGUGACAUGUAUUGGAAAUCACCCUGAAAAGACCUGGCCCAUUGUUGUUUGCAUAGUUGGCUUAAUAAUUGUUGCAAUUAGUUUCUUACUUGGGAAAUUCCUCGUAAAAUAACCUGCCGAAAAUUCAUACUUCUCAUUAUGGCAGACGAUUCUUGUACUUCCACACUCAUCAUCAUCUUCCAUCGUUUAGUGUGAUUGGAUUGAAGUGAUAGUUUUGUUAUUUUCGUGGCACUGAUGUUUUAUGUUCUAGUUAUCUCGGUUUUGAAGAUAAAAGACAUACUGAACUAGCAGUCAUAAUAUAUUCUGUGAAUUUGUGUUAGAAAUUAACAUCUUUUUUUUUUUUUUGUCCUUACAAAUAGUCUUUUACCUCAUCCAUUAACAAAUCGCAAUGUUUUAACAAAAACAAAGAUUUUAUCAUAACAUGGUCAUUUAAAACUAUUUUUGACUGUCGUAAUCUUUACAAUAAUGAAUGUGAAUAUUUUUAAUUUUUCAUUUUUAAAUCUCAUUUUUGUGCGAACUUUUCAAGAUUCUUGUGUUGUGAUGUUCUUGAUUUACAUUAGCCAUACUGAUUUCAAAUAAAAAUCUUCAUAAGUUUUA